CGAAAUGGAGUAGGGCAGAAGCAUCAUUUAUACGAACUUUCUCAGUCCACUAUAGACACACGUUUCUCCAUUCUCCCUAUUACGUCGUCGUUUAGUUCAUCUUCUCCAAAUUUUGUUUCUUGCUUAAUUUUGUCGAAGUAUUACUGUUCUAUUUUUUUUUUCCUCUCCCCAUAUCUUGCACUAUAUAUCUUAAGCUAAUAGAUAAGAAGCAUGUCCGAUUCUUAUUGGAGGUACACUGACCCUCGCCAACCUCCGCCUUCCUCGAUCCCUCCUCUCGUCGGAAAACGCCCUCGCUCCGAUUACGGAUUAGUAUGUUGCUCCUUCCCAUCCCAUCUCUUCGCUUCUUCUUUCCUUGGUGGUUUGCUGGCUGAAGAGUGUGUGCUUAAUCUUGUAGUUGUCUCUGGUGGCCAUGAGCUCUCUGGUUAUUAUUCACGGGACGAUGAUAAAAGAACAAUGCGGGCAACCAGAGAUAGUGACUCCAUUGGAGAAUCUUAUGAUCGUUACGUUCGCAGCACGCAACUGUCAUCAUAUAGUGGGAGUCAGUCUGGUAGACCAAUGAGCGGUGGAAUGCCCGGCCGUGCUGUUGAUGAUCCCCGAAUGGUGGGUAUUGGUGGUCUUGAUCCUGGACAAACAAUAAAAGAUAGGACUAUAGGAUUUGGUAGUGGAAGGCCUGAACCUCCCCUUCCUCCUGAUGCAUCCAGUACUCUUUUUGUUGAGGGUUUGCCUCCUGAUUGUACACGCCGAGAAGUUUCUCAUAUUUUUCGCCCAUUUGUUGGGUACAAGGAAGUGAGACUUGUAACCAAGGAACCAAGAUAUGCUGGAGGAGAUCCAAUAAAACUUUGUUUUGUUGAUUUUUUAAGCCCAUCUCAUGCUGCUACUUCAAUGGAUGCUUUACAAGGUUAUAUAUUCGAUGAGCAUGACCAUGACUCGGUCAAACUAAGGUUGCAAUUUGCUCGCUAUCCUGGUGCAAGGUCAGGUGGCGGGCAUCGUGGCAAGCGCUGAAUUGUACGAUUUGCAGGAUUUGCUCAAAUUUGGGAGGUUAUGAUAAUGAGGGAUGGUACGACGACGUUGUGAUUGCAAGAAUUACACCUUACACCAGUCUUUGAAUGAUCGAUUUCAUUAGGAUGAACUCGAGUUGUGUAGUUUCCGAUAAUUCCAGGAUAAUCGCUAGAUAUUUGAGUGUGUUUCUUUUCUGCUAGAAAACAACAAACUGUAUUUGGUUUAAUUAUUUGAAACAACUUCGUAUGCAUUUCACGGAAUUCUUCCAUGCUUGUUUAAGUUUGUAAUGAGGAGUCAUGAUCUGGAAAUAUUUGAUUAACAAUGGGCGUGCGGUGAAAUAGCUUCGUGUGUAAUCAUUUUUCUCGAAA